UGACCCAUCCGCCCCCCCGCCGACGCCGACGCGCCGUUGCCUUCUCUCCCCUCACCUCCCCGACCUCAUCGCCGCGAUCCCAUCCGCCCGGCCCCGAAUCCAGCGCCCGGCCCAGCCGACCGCGGCCGAUCGACUCCUCCGGCGCGCCGAAUCGGUGAGGGCGGCGGCGGCGGUCGCGCGAAAUCUGGACGCGGGUGCCGGCUAGGGUUCGCUGCCGGCGAUGAACGAGAAGCGCGGGCUGGAGGCCGCCGCCGCCGGCGACGGCCGCCCUGAGGCCAAGCGGUCGCGGCCCCCGGCUCUUGCCAGUGUUAUUGUUGAAGCACUAAAGGUGGAUAGUCUGCAGAGGCUUUGCUCAUCAUUGGAACCAAUUCUCCGUAGAGUGGUUAGUGAAGAAGUGGAGCGCGCCUUGGGAAAACUUGGUCCUGCUGCAAUCACUGGGAGGUCUUCUCCAAAGCGAAUUGAAGGGCCUGGUGGAAGAAAUCUGCAACUCCAAUUCAGGACAAGAUUGUCCCUUCCCCUUUUUACCGGAGGAAAAGUUGAAGGGGAGCAGGGGGCUGCAAUUCAUGUUGUUUUGCUUGAUACCGGCAAUGGCUGUGUUGUAUCAUCUGGGCUGGAGUCGUCUGCCAAGCUUGAUAUUGUUGUUCUAGAAGGUGAUUUCAACAAUGAGGACGAGGAAGGCUGGACAGAGGAGGAAUUUGACAGUCAUAUAGUGAAGGAGCGUGAGGGAAAACGACCUAUUAUAACUGGCGAUAUACAAGUCACACUGAAAGAAGGUGUUGGCACAAUCGGGGAGUUCACGUUCACAGAUAACUCUAGCUGGAUAAGGAGUAGGAAAUUCAGACUUGGUUUGAAAAUUGCCUCAGGGUUUUGUGAGGGUGUUCGCAUCCGUGAGGCAAAAACUGAAGCUUUUAUGGUUAAGGACCAUAGAGGAGAAUUGUACAAGAAGCAUUAUCCACCUGCAUUGAAGGAUGAGGUCUGGAGGUUAGAGAAAAUAGGAAAAGAUGGGUCAUUCCAUAAGAGGCUGAAUAAAUCUGGAAUUUUAACUGUUGAAGAUUUUCUUAGGCUUGUGGUUCGGGAUCCACAGAAGCUGCGUACUAUCCUCGGAAGUGGCAUGUCCAACAAGAUGUGGGAUUCCCUCGUUGAACAUGCAAAAACCUGUGUCUUGAGUGGAAAAUAUUACAUAUACUAUUCUGAUGAGAACAGAACUGCUGGUGCUAUUUUCAACGACCUCUAUGCAUUCUGUGGGCUGAUUUCUGGCGAGCAAUUCUAUUCGUCUGAGAGUCUUGAUGAUGGCCAAAAGCAUUUUGCUGAUGGGCUGGUGAAGAAAGCAUAUGAUAAUUGGAUGUAUGUUAUUGAAUAUGAUGGCAAAGCUCUCUUGAACCCUAAACCGAAGAAAAAGGCUGCAUUAACUAAUCAAGCUGAGGCUCGUGCUCCUGCUGCAUAUGUACAGUGCAUUUCUUCAACGAGUAUGCCAGGACCAUCUACAACAGGCACAAAUGGUUCUAUAGGUUAUGAUGGCAACCAGACAGCAACACAGUCUGUUCAGCUUCAGAGUUCAUCUGCUAAUGUGCCUGUGCCAUAUGACGAUGCCUUUUCAUUUUUGCCGCCUACCAUGUUGAUGGGGUCUAAUCAGGGAACAGCAAGUGAUGGCAUGGGUCUGGAACUCGGCCAGUUGCAUCACACAAUUUCUCAACGUCAACCAAUUCAGCCAGCAAACGUCGGCUACGAUAAUUGGCAUCACAACCGUGAUGGUCAGUAUGCUGAUGAUUUCACUGAAGACAUUCGCAUGAAAAGCCACCAACUGCUCGAGGGUGACGACAUGCAGCAGCUGCUCAGGAUCUUCAAUAUGGGCGGAGCUUCUACUGGUUUGCCAGACGAAACAUUUUCCUUCCCUGACAUUCCAUCUCCAUUCCCAAACCCAGACUCUGAAGGUGAGCCCAGCCGUCCAUCGGGCAAAGCCGUUGUCGGGUGGCUCAAGAUAAAGGCUGCUAUGAGAUGGGGAAUAUUUGUCAGGAAGAAAGCUGCCGAGAGAAGGGCGCAGAUUGUUGAGCUGGAGGAUUAAGAUUUUGGCGUGUGCUCGCCAUUAGAUGUUACUGUUGAAAUCUCAAAUACCAGCUGCUGUUGCUGCGAACUAGUUCUUUGGUUCUCACAUAUUCGUCGUGAUUGCCAUUGGAACUAGUUUUCUGUAAAUCUACAGCGAGUAGCUCUGCUACCUUGUAAAAAAAAUGUCGACUUGCUUCCUUGUAUAAUUUCAACAUAAAUUCUUGUUUA